AUGCGUCGCUUUGCCGAGUCGGCGAACCCCCUGGGGUCUUCCGGGGCGGUGGUUCUUCGCGCGCCCGCUGGCCUCGCAGCCUGGGGACAGCGGCGCACGGAAAGAAGCGCGCUGUCCCUCUCCCGCUUGGUCUCUUCUCUGGUGCUCCUCGCGUUCUCCCCGCUCUUCUUCGGAGCCUUCUUCUCAGCGGCUCCGGCGCACCUCGCCGAGGCGGCCGCGUCGAAGCUCUCGGGCGAGAAGUUGGCAGAGCUGAUGCAGAUGGACCUGAAAGACAUCAAAGAGCGCAUGCUGGCCCUCUUCGAGUUGAUCGACGCCAACCACGACAACGAGAUCGACACGGAGGAAGCGAAGGAAUGGAGCACGAAGCUGAAGAACGCAAUGCACCAGCACCAGGUGCGCAUGGAAUUCCAGGCCAUCGACAAAGACGCUGACGGGAAAGUCUCCCUCGCAGAACUCGAGGCGACAUACGUCGACGGCCAAGACCAGAAACAACUCGAACAACACAAGAAAGAAGUCGAACAGCGCUUCAAAGCCGUCGACAAGAACAACGAUGGACUGUUGGAUAUGGCCGAGAUCCGGAUUUUGAUGGACCCCGGCAAAGACGAUGGCCUGAUGAAGAUCGAAAUCGAGGAAAUCCUCACCGCUCAAGACAAAGACGGCGACAGGAAGAUCACCCUCAGCGAGUUCAUUGAGACCGAAGGCACCGGGAGCAUCACGGAUGCCGAGAAGGCGGAACUCGAGAAGGAGUUCAAGAGCUACGAUGUGAACGCCGACGGGACGAUUGACGAAGGAGAGCUGCAACAGAUCAUCAAGGAUCCACAUGCCCACGAGAUCCGCCUGCUGCUGGAGGAGUUUGCGAAGGAUUUGAAGGACGGAAAGGUUGGGAAGGAGCAGUGGGAGAAGGAGUUCGAGUCCUUCGCCGUGUCGAUGCUCACAGAUAACGGCGAGGUGCUUCGCUUCCCGGAAGAUUACACGGGCAUUGAGUUCCCCUUCAAAACAGUCGUUCCGAAGGUCGAGGGCGUGGAGGAUGACGAGAAGCACGACGAGCUCUAG